AAAUGGCCGAUAUGUCUGGGCUUCAUUCAGAUGGUCAUGGCCAUAGCCAUGGCGAUGGGUGUGGACAUAGUCAUGGCAACAGUGGACAGAGCCCCCUUAACAGACCUUACCCUGUCCAAUUAACAAGUUCAGAAGAAGUGAUACCUGCAAAUCCUUUCAACCCAACACCUAUGGCUGAAAUGGAUUAUAGUCAGUUUGAUUUAGUUAGGGCAACGCAGUAUGGUAUUCUAAGCAGAGUACAACAUCUUAUUGAGAAAGAAAAUACUGAUCCUACAACGUCAGACGAUGAGAAUAUCACAGCUUUGCAYUGGGCUGCYAUCAACUGCAGGGURGAUGUAGCUGAGUAUCUAAUAUCAAAAGGUGCAGAUAUUGAUCAUAAGGGAGGUAUUCUCAAUGCCACACCUCUUCACUGGGCUGCAAGGCAAGGGCAUCUUCCUAUGGUAAUCUUUCUGAUGAAACAUAAAGCUGAUCCAGAAAUUAUGGAUGUGGAAGGAUGCAGUGUUUUACAUGUUGCUGCACAAAGUGGACACACAGCGAUCAUGGCAUACUUACUUGCUAAAGGCAUUGAUGUUGAUUUGAGAGACAAAAAUGGUAUGACACCAUUGAUGUGGGCAGCUUAUCGAUGCUUUGGAGUUGAUGCUACGAGAAUGCUUAUAAACUUAAAUGGUUCUAUAAAUAUUACAGAUAAUAUACACCAUAACACAGCUCUUCACUGGGCGGUGGUUUCUAAUAAUCAUAAUGUCAUCAAUCCACUGGUAAGAGCAGGUGCAUCUUUAGACGCUGUUAAUGCAAAGGGACAAACACCUUCUGACCUUGCAAGCCAGAAAAAGAACAAAUGGUUGAAAGUACAAUUUGAUUUAUAUGCUCUUGACAAAGGAGUAGGGAAGCCUGCCUUCCUGAGACCAUUUAUUAGUGACAGGAAAACAAGACGAUAUGUUCUCUUAUUCACCCCAAUUAUUUCCAUGUUUCUGAUUGGUGGAAUAUUGGAAUAUUCUCCGAGAUGGUUUGUUGCAUUACCACUCCUAUUUGUUCUGUCGAGUAUAAUAUGGUUUAUAAUGAGACUAUUAAAUGCUAAUAAGGAUCAUGCUAGUGUAUUACCAUGUGCGAUCUACAUCGCCACUAAAAUAUAUAUGUAUUCAACAUGUUUUCUAUAUUACUGGCCAUUCCUCAAUGCUAAGCCUUUAGUAUUUUUCUUUGUAAAUACUACUGGCCUGAUGUACUGCUUUUACAAGGCUUGGACGUCAGACCCAGGUUACAUUCGGACAACACCAGCAGAGCAGAAAAAAACGAUUAUUCAUCUUGCUGAAACUAAUUCUUUGGACUUUGCUCGUUUCUGCUCAACUUGUUUGAUUCGUAGACCAAUUCGUUCYAAGCAUUGUUCUGUUUGUGAUCGUUGUGUGGCAAGGUUUGAYCAUCAUUGUCCUUGGGUAGAAAACUGUGUUGGUUCUGGUAAUCAYCAUUUCUUCAUAGGAUACCUGUUUUUCCUGUUUAUGAUGUUAUGUUUUUAUAUCUUUGCAAGUUUAGUCUAUUAUCAUCAUGUUUGCAGUGGGUACACUGGUGGAUGGUGGGAUGCCRUUAGCCGUAGUUCCCAGUGUGCACCAUGGGUUUCCUGGGGAUCUGCGAACGCAUUCAUGCAUUUUAUWUGGGUUGGAGCCCUUUUAAUCUGUCAAUCAUAUCAGCUGUUUUGGAUUGGCAUGACAACCAAUGAACGCCUCAAUGUUGGGAGAUAUACACACAUGUUGGAUGAGUCUGGUGCUCCUCAAAGUCCAUUCAGCCGAAGCAUUGUGGGUAAUCUUGCCGACUUCUUUGGAUUUAGUUUCUUUGGGCUGGUGAAGCCUGCUCGRGUCGACUGGAAACGACAAUACAGUGUCGAACCAAUGUCCAACAAAUAUCAUGUCUAGAUAAUUAUGCAGGGCAAAAUUAUCAUGCUACCUUAUAUGGAGCUGUAACGCAAUACUUGGAGUAACUGAUGUAUAAUAGUAAAUAUGAAUCAGUAUUUAGUCACUCUGUAGAGACGUGCACUCAGUAAAAGUGUCUUUAGUUAGUAAAGGUAUAGAUAUUUUUAUUAUCAUCUAUUUACAGGCUCUAUAUAUAGCAAAACAUGUCAAAUAUCAAAACACAUAAUUUAUGUUAGAUAUCCUGUCUGACAGCAACAUUACAACAAAUGUAGUAAUGUCAGUAAUGGUCACUUAACAAUAGUUUAGACAAAAGCUUUUUAUUUGUAGAAAAAGAAACAUAUAAAGUAUGCUGGGAAAAAAUAUCUACAAAUAAUAUAGCUAUAAAGUAUAUACAGACAGUAUAGUCAACUAAUAAGUGUAGACUAUAAUAGUCUUCUUCAAGGUUUCCUGUGCCAUCUUGAAAGGUAGCCGUGCCCUUGCAUCGAAGCAAGACGACUGUUGAGUGUGCAAUGCUAGAAACCUUCUUUCACACCUACAAACAAUUAUUUCACAGGUAUCUAUCAAUUGCACGCUCAACAGUUGUCUUGCUUUGAUGCAAACUCACAGUUACCUUUCAAGAUGACACAGUGAACUGUGAAGGAGACUAUUGGCUAAYGUGCUGCACUACCGUAAGCAUUUAUACACAAUUCAAACCUGGAGUUGUAUUUUGAUUUCACAGUUGAACAAGUCUUUACAAAAAUAUAAAUUUUGAUUAAAACUGUAGUAAUUAACAUAAUAUGUAGUUAGAUAAAAGUAAAUACAAUUACAAUUUAAACUGAAAUAUUGUAGUGUUAUUUCGAUAUUCUUAAUAAAGGUGUGUAAUUAGUCGGACUAGCCGAAGGCGGUCCGACUUUAAAUUUA